ACACACACAAUCUAGCAUUUCAUUAUUUAGGGACUAGGUAAGCAAUCUGUGGAGAGGGUCAAAUAAUCCUAGUUCCUUUAUAAAAGUGGCUCCUAAUAUUUUCCCCAUAAGAAUUCCUUCAUCAUUCUUUCCUCAUGUUUUCUGAUAUUUACUAAGUUACAUAUAACACGCUUUCUCAUUUUUUAAUUAAUCAAAAGCAUACUGCCACGCACAGCUACUGAUGAGUGUUGAUAAGCAGGGUUAAUGGAGAUAAUUGAAAGAAUAUAGAUAAAUGAAUAUUUUAGUUGGCUUGUGCAACAGGAUUAUGGGUACAUGUAUUAUUUCUAGUCUACUUUUCAAAAUAUUGAAAAAGGCUCAAGGAUACCCCUUGCUAAUAUCUUCCUCUGCCCCAAGUUGGGAACCAUUGGUUUACAUCUACUUGCUUUUCCUCCCUAAAGAAUUAACAUAACACAAUUACCCAAGUUUAACACAUAGGGGAUUAAUAAUAAAAUUUACUACUGGAAAAACAGAUCAACUGCAAUGUUCAUUCUGUAGAAGCUGAGAAAGAAAACAUGGAUUUAAAGAAUCCUAUUUAGAAAUUAUACAAUUAUGAUAUCCAGCAUAUCUUUAAGCCAAUUUAAAAGCAUGCUAAUAUAUGAAAAAUAUUCUCAAUUUCCCUGUGACGUAGGCCCAUAUUACUGUCCUUAUUUCAACAAGGAGGACAAGAGGUACAGAGGAAUUAAGAAGCAGAGCUAAGAAUUAAAGCAGAAGUGGUUUGGGUUUAAAUUCCAUACCACUUUCUUUUCCACUUAAUUGUAUCAAUUUGUUCCAAUAGGUCUUUUUGAGGGUAUGGAACUUGAUAAGACACUAAAGCAGACAGAAGAUGAAACUCUUCACAGAAAUGUCCAAGUAGGUUCUCCCACAUUUACAUUGUUGUCACAGCUAUAAUUCUUGCCUGAAUGCCAACUGCAUAGUCAGAUUCCACAUAGGCAAAACACACAGACUUCAGUCCUCAGUUCCUAGGGAAACCACAUUCUUUCUUAUUAUGGAGGACUAAGGUGUAGCAGGCAUCAGAUUCUUUUAGUCUGUGUGGUAUUAACACACAUCAGCUAGCAGCCAGUUGGCAAAUCAAAGUUUUGCUGUGUACAAGGCACUGUGAAAGUUUUUUACCAAGAGUAGUAGAUCUGAGAAUAAUUUUUCUGAGCUUCUGUAGUAUAAACUUUCCUAAGGAUUCCUAGAAUCUAAGAUUAUUACUUGAUCUCUAAUUUUCUGCCCAGCUCUAGGUUCACCUCCAUAAUUUUACAGAUGAAGAUAUUGACAUGAAAUUUGUGCCUGGGACCCACAAUUUUAGAUCAUUUCCUCAUAUAAUCUGAAUUUGACAAAGUAAAAAUGGAACAUAUUCUCACAUUGCCAUGAUUAAAAUAAAAAGACUGGUUCAGAAUCAGGUAAGGGAAAUUUGGGGCAAAAUAAGGUUUUAUAUGUAUAGGUGUGUAUGUAUCUUUCAAUUGUUUUUAGUCCAUAUAUUACACGAAUGGUAUUAUUAAUAAUAAAAUAUAUUCUUUUCUGUGGGAAAUUUCCCAAUAGUUCACCACUUAAAGGAGCCUGAAUAAUUUGAAAAUUGUUGCAAAAUAUAUUUUUUCAAAAAGCAGACUUUUAUAGGCAUAAGAGGAACUAAUUUCACCGAAUUUGAGCACUUACUUAUAAUCAAAUUAGCAAAAAGUAUUUUCACCAUGUGAACCUGCUACAGUUAAUCAAGUGAAUAUAAUUUCUAUAUCCUACUAGGUCAAUAUAGUAAAUUUUAAUUAAAUGUUGUCUGGGGGCUUUAUGUUCAAGUAUAAGUUUUGAUAUUUUUAAGUGGCAGCUUAUUUGUAAACAAAAUAAAAAAAUAAUUAUUUUUUAAAGCUCUCACACAUUUGGGAAAAAAACCCUGUUUGUUCAAAGGCUUACAAAUAGAAUGGUAAAGGGAUAAACACUAACACAGUUUGAUUAACUGCUCAGAUAUUAGUGUUUACAGGUCAUAAUAUUAAUAUUAUGUACGUUCAAUACAUAUGUGGGUUUUGGCAGGGCUUCAGUCAAAGACUAUUGUUCUUGCAGAACCAUGUUAAAUUACAUGGUUAUCAUUACAACAUUAGAAUUAUACUAAUUUGUGUUCUUUCCCUGGUAGCUGCCGCGGCGCCCGCCCGGAUCAUGAUCAUGUCUACAGGCUCGACCGCAGCGCAGACCUCCAGCCUUGUCCUGGCGUCGGAGGCGAGAGCCUGGCUGAAGUAACAAACACCCUCUUUGGAGACAUUCAAACAAAGAUUGGACUUUUCGAGAACAGAAAGGAAGCUCAUGCAUCAGAAAAGGUGACUAAUAAACGUCCAAAAGAAUAUGGCUGCACACAUACCAGAAUCUGAUCAGAUCAAGAAGUUUAAGGAAUUCCUUGGGACCUACAAUAAACUUACAGAAACCUGCUUUUUGGACUGUGUUAAAGACUUCACCACAAGAGAAGUAAAACCCGAAGAGACCACCUGUUCAGAACAUUGCUUACAGAAAUAUUUAAAAACGACACAAAGAAUAUCCAUGAGAUUUCAGGAAUAUCAUAUUCAACAGAAUGAAGCUCUGGCAGCCAAAGCGGGACUCCUUGGCCAGCCAUGGUAGAGACAGAGAAGUCCUGAUGGAGGGAUGUUCAUGAGGGAUUGCCAAGAGCGGCUGCUCUGGAAAUAAGGAUUCAUCUGAGAGAAUCCCCUGACAGCAGCAGCCACCGUGUUAAACCACCUGUCAUGAGUAUUUGGCAAGUGGAAGCCACUGGAGAAGCCAAAUUGCUAUCUACCAGGAAAAUAAAAAUAGGUCUUAUUAUUCAAUGAAAAUAAUAAGAUGCAACAUUUAUUGAGGCCUUAAGAGUCAGCAGUUUGGUCACUUGAUUAGAAAAAUAAACCGUUGUUUCUUCAAUUGUGACUGUUAAUUUUAAAGCAAAAUGUGUGUUCAAUCAUGUAUGAGAUAGAAAAAAUUUUAUUACUAAAAGCAAAAUAAAUGGAAAUAUCACUAAAAAAAAGAAUUAUACUAAUUUUUCAGUGACUGAUAGUCUUGUUUGGAAUAUUUUGUCACUGAUGCGUCACAUGAUUAGGGGAAAAAAAACAAACAGGCCUUGUAUAAUCAAAGAAAAAUAUGCCUAGUUGAAAAGGAUGGUUCCUAAUAUAAUUUUCUACCAAUUUAUUUAUUCUGCUUCCUUCAGAAUAAUAUGCUAUCUUUGUUCAAAAAAGACAAGGCGCUUCUCCAUCUUUUUCUGAAGUCUGACUAUAAUAAUCUCUGUCCUACAUUAACAUAGGGGUAGGAGAGAACAAAGAUUAGAGACAUGUCUGGGAUGAAGUUAUUAACUCUGUAAAUGAUACUUGCCCAUAUUUGUUAUUAAUAACACACAUGCUAUUGGUCUUUUGGACAAGCUUAAAAAUUGCCAGUUGGACCUAUUUAUGAAGCAAGAAACUUGGGCCAAAUGAGAAGCA